CACAUGCGCACCCCUCUCUGCCCACUGCACAGACUACAGUAUAUCAGAGAUGAGACGGAUUAGGUGACAGACAGCAGCGUUUGUUUUCACCCCAGAGAAGAGGGAGGCGAGGGGAGCAGCCAUGGAGUUGAAGGUGCAGGGUAAGAGGAAGAGGGACUCCUAUGUCAGAGUUUUAGGAUGGCCAGUGAAGGCUCCACUAUUCCCAGCCCCGUGGUCCGCCAGAUUGACAAGCAGUUCUUGAUCUGCAGCAUAUGUCUGGACCGCUACGAAAACCCCAAAGUACUGCCCUGCCUGCACACCUUCUGUGAGAGGUGCCUGCAGAACUACAUCCCGGCCCACAGCCUCACACUGUCGUGCCCCGUGUGCCGCCAGACCUCGAUCCUGCCGGAGAAGGGUGUGGCGGCGUUGCAGAAUAACUUCUUCAUCACCAACCUGAUGGACGUGCUGCAGCGGGCGCCGGACAGCUGCAGCCAGGAGGCCGCCGCUCUCAACAACAUCACCACUGUGGCUACGGGCCAGCUGCUCUCCUGCCCCAACCAUGGAGGCAACGUCAUGGAGUUUUACUGUCCGCCUUGUGAGACGGCCAUGUGUCAGGAGUGUACCAGUGGCGAACAUGGAGAACAUCCAACUGUGCCUCUAAAAGACGUAGUGGAACAACACAAGGCCUCAUUACAGGACCAGCUCGACGCUGUCAAGAAGAGGUUGCCGGAGAUCGACUCAGCCCUGCAGACGCUGUCAGAGAUCCUGCAGCAGCUGACCAAUCAAAAGAGCUCCAUUGAGGACGACAUCCACACCACCUUUGACGAGCUGCAGAAGACUCUGAAUGUCCGCAAGAGCGUUUUACUUAUGGAGCUGGAGGUCAACUACGGCCUCAAGCAGAAGGUGCUCCAAGCCCAGCUGGAUACGCUGCUGCAGGGCCAGGAGGGCAUCAACAGCAGCUGCAACUUCACCGAGCAGGCGCUGAGCCACGGCACCGAGGCCGAGGUGCUGCUGGUGAAGAAGCAGAUGAGCGAGCGUCUCAUCGAGCUCGCCAGCCAGGAGCUUCCUCUGCAGCCCGGGGAGAACGACCAGCUGGACUUCCUCGUGGAGACGGACGGGCUGAAGAAGUCCAUCCACAACCUGGGCACUAUCGUGACGACUAACGCCGUGGCCUCCGAGACUGUGGCGACUGGUGAGGGGCUCCGGCAUUGUGUGGUGGGCGUUCCCACCUCCAUCACCAUAACCACUAAAGACAAAGACAGAGAGCUGUGCAAGAUGGGUAACGCAGUCAUCACUGCAGAAAUCUCCUCACCCGAUGGCAGCAAAGGUGAAGGAGAGAUACUGGACAACAAGAACGGCACGUACGAGUACCUGUUCACUGCUCCUAAGGAGGGGACUUUUAAUUUAUCGCUGCGUUUGUACGACCAGCACAUCAAAGGAAGCCCCUUUAAGAUAAAGGCCACCAAGUCUAUAGACGUGUCGCCAACCUCAGACGGCAUGAAGAAGAGGCUCAAGUCUCCAGGCAGCGGUCACAUCAAGCAGAAGGCCAUCAAGAGGCCGGCCAGUAUGUACAGCACAGGGAGGAGGAAAGAGAACCCCAUCGAGGACGACCUCAUCUUCAGGAUCGGCACAAAAGGAAGAAACAAAGGGGAGUUCACUAAUCUGCAGGGAGUGGCUGCCUCCUCUCUGGGGAAGGUGCUGAUAGCAGACAGCAACAACCAGUGUGUCCAGGUCUUCUCGAACGACGGUCAGUUCAAAAGCCGCUUCGGUGUCCGGGGCAGGACCCCGGGUCAGCUGCAGCGGCCGACGGGUGUGGCCGUCCACCCCAACGGUGACAUCAUCAUCGCGGACUAUGACAACAAGUGGGUCAGCAUCUUUUCGAGCGAGGGCAAGUUUAAGAACAAGAUUGGCUCAGGGAAGCUGAUGGGCCCUAAAGGCGUGUCAGUGGACAGAAACGGCCACGUCAUCGUGGUCGACAACAAGUCCUGCUGCGUCUUCAUCUUUCAGCUCAACGGCAAGCUGGUCACCAAGUUCGGUAACCGUGGCAACGGUGACAGGCAGUUUGCAGGCCCUCACUUUGCUGCUGUCAACAACAACAAUGAAAUCAUCGUGACAGAUUUCCACAACCACUCAGUCAAGGUGUUCAACACAGAAGGCGAAUUCUUGCUGAAGUUCGGUUCUAACGGCGAGGGAAACGGCCAGUUCAACGCCCCCACAGGGGUGGCGGUGGAUGUCAAUGGAAACAUCAUAGUAGCAGACUGGGGCAACAGCAGGAUACAGGUGUUUGAUGGCAGCGGCUCGUUCCUGUCCUACAUCAACACAUCAGCAGACCCGCUGUAUGGCCCGCAGGGACUGGCGCUCACCUCUGACGGACACGUUGUGGUUGCGGAUUCGGGCAACCACUGCUUCAAAAUCUACCGCUACCUGCAGUAGUGGCUGUACAGUGUAUAGAUACUCUCACAUGCACUCAUCACUAUGGAGCCGCUGGCAGAUUUGCACUCAUCUGCUCACCCGUUCAUCCUUGAAUCGUGCCGUCGUCGUGCCAUCUGUUCUGACCGUUCUCCACAUGUAUGUCUGCGGCAUCGCCUCUGACGACGAAGAAACAGCAGAGAGUUGUUUGUGCUCUGAAUGAAGUGUGAGGAUCCAUGAUAUUCACAGACGACUGCUUCUGAUUGGUUCGUUGAGGAGUCACUCAUAACCUUGUUCACAUUCCAUCAUAACUACGCUUAUUUGAAAGAUGAGUAUUGUAUAUUAGACCUUUGAUUUGUUGUGACAUUCAGGAAAACUGGAAAAUAAUUCUAUUGCACUUGUUCCUAAAAAUAAAGGUUGGACACUGUGUGAAGUAAAUAAGUACAUUAGUCACCUGAAAAAUAAUGGGAAUUCUAUUUGUAGUUCCAGUAACUGCAGGUCUUAAGAGUCACAUUUUGCCUGUUCCCUAUAAAAGAACAAUCUUCCACCUACUAUAGGUAGCAGGGUAUUUUAGAGCAUGAUUAAGCAUCUCUGUGCAUGCUGUUUUUACUAAUUAACACCAGAAAAACUACUGUGCACUAUAUAGAAAUCUAUUUCAGGCAGACACUUAACUACAUCACCAAAACAAACUUUAAAAUCGAAGCACUAUUUCAUAAAUACUUACUGCCUACAUGUGAAAAUGCCUAGUCGAUGUUUAAUGUCAUCACUUUAAAUUAACACGUGUUUAUUAAAAUAUGCCGAUAACUUCUGCUUAAUUGGUUUAACAAAAACACGCAGUGUGUUUGUGUGUGCAAGACAAGUGUGAGAGUGUUGUGAUCAGUUAAGGUACCAGACAAAAGGUACUUGAUAUGUUGAAUUACGAUCUGCUGUGCGUGUACGCGUGUGUGUUUGGGUGUGUGGUGUAUGAAGCCUCUUCGUCAUUUCGACUUGCGAUCUACUGUGAUUAUGUGCAAACAUCUUAAAAUUUGCUGCAGGGUUUGAGAAAACAGCUAAAAAAGAUGGGGUGGGUGGGGUGUGUAAGUCCUCACCGAGCUGAGCUGCAGAACUGUGAUCACCUUCACUCCUUCCCAUGUGCUCUUAAUGUCCUACAAAAAAUCUUUAGAACUACUAACAAGUUGUAUUUUAGUAAAACAAUUUGUCGGUCCUCCAAAAAAGAUGCAAAGCGUAGUUCAACAGCGGAGGUGUAUGUUGUAAAAAUGCACUGUGCUCCUUAUAGAAAGCCUUAGUCAAAAUCUGUUUGUCUUCAAGCACACAGUUUUCAUCACUUGUAUCCUGAAUUUGGUCAUCCAUUUUCUACACAAUCCUGUUCAAUUGUUUUCCAUUGUCUUGUUUAUAUUUGUAAUGCCAAAUGGAAUUAAAGUGCCCAUA